AUGAAGAGCUCAACAAUUUUCUCAAUCAGUCUCCUUUUAACAAUUUGCCUGGCCACUGAAGCUCAGCAGUGUCGUCCGAGCGGCCGAAUUCGAGGCAAGAAGGCCCCUUCUGGACAAUGCAACACGGAAAAUGACUCUGACUGCUGUGUCAAAGGAAAAAUGUACACAACCUACACCUGUUCGCCGCCCUUGUCCGGACACACCAAGGCCUAUCUCACUCUCAACAGCUUUGAGGCAGGCGGCGAUGGAGGCGGUCCAUCGGAAUGCGACAACAAAUACCACAAUGACAACACGCCCGUUGUGGCGCUGUCUACUGGAUGGUACAACGGCGGAGGAAGGUGCCAUAACAACAUCACGAUUAGUGCGAAUGGACGGAGUGUGGUGGCGAUGGUGGUGGAUGAGUGUGACUCUACUAUGGGAUGUGAUGCAGUGCAUGACUACCAACCUCCAUGCCCUAACAACAUUGUUGAUGCCUCAAAGGCGGUCUGGGAAGCCUUGGGUGUGCGUAAGGAGGACUGGGGUGGCCUCGACAUCACAUGGUCUGAUGCUUAGCUACAUGUUCAUAUUCUUGCUCUCGCUUUUAUUGCUUUUAUGUGUGUAUGUACGUGGAUUGUGUUUUGUAAUAUGUUGCUUAUAUGAUGUGAACAUAGUUUUCUUAUGUGAUACAUAAAACAUCC